UUUGUGACGUCUGUCGUUUGGUGAAGGAAAAAACAGAAUCUUCAUAAAAUUUAUAAAAUUAGUCAUAUAUUUGUUUAUUGCUCCAUUCAGUGAUAUAUUUGCUGCGUAACAAUGCAAGGAGAUCAGCAACAAUUUUUCAGUAGCUCGUCGUACCCACAACAGCCGGGAUAUGGUAUCGGAUUUGCACCGCAGCCCGGCGUGCAACCCGGUAUGCAGCCGGGAAUGCAUCCAAGCGCGUUCGCGUCUUCAGCGGGAACGCCGGAAGGGUAUUCACCGUACGACGCCGAAUCUGCAUCGGUAAAAGGGUUCGAUUUCAAUGAUCAAACCAUUCGCCGCGGUUUCAUCAGGAAAGUGUACGCCAUUUUGACUCUGCAACUGUCGAUUACGUUCGUUUUUGUUGCUUUCGUGACGAACCAUAACCCAACCAAGUUAUGGGUGCGACAACACCCCGGCAUGUUCUGGGUAGCAUUUAUUGUGAUGUUUGGCACGCUGAUCGCUAUCUCAUGCUGCGGAGAGCUGCGUCGAAAGGCACCGGCCAAUUUCAUGUUCCUGGGACUGUUUACAUUUGCAGAAUCCUUCCUGGUAUCGAUGGUGGCGGCUAGCUACAGCUCGCAAGAGGUCAUGAUAGCAUUCGGUAUAACGGCAGCCGUCUGUCUCGGGCUGACACUGUUCGCUUUCCAGACCAAAUGGGAUUUCACAAUGAUGGGCGGUAUUCUGUUCACGGCCGUGCUGGUCCUGUUCCUUUUCGGACUAAUUGCGAUGUUUAUUCCGGGCAAGACGAUUCAACUGAUUUACUCUUCCCUUGGUGCUCUGCUUUUCUCAUUCUAUCUUGUGUACGAUACACAAAUCAUGAUGGGAGGAAAUCACAAGUUCUCGAUCAGCCCGGAAGAGUACGUGUUUGCUGCCCUCUGUCUGUAUCUGGAUGUUAUUAACAUUUUCCUCCACAUCCUGUCGAUUAUUGGUGCAUCGCGGAAUUGAAGCGUUCACCAACAUUUGUCAAUGUAUUUCUUUGUAUUCAAAUAUGUUGUAUUCUGUGCAGAUAGUUUUGCACACGUUCGACGAACAGUGAAUGGUAGUAGUGUACUGUGCAAAUAUUGCCAUUCUUUGAUCUAAACUUCGGCCUGUUCAGUAACGAUUCAAAUUAAUCCAAAGUAGUCGUACGAACACGGCGCAUACACACACUCUUCGGAACCAUUUUUAAUCCAACCGUGGCCAAUCUGUUAAUCACGUCAACAUCGUGCAUGAGGAUACCUCUCAAUAUAUUAAUUUGUACUUACUCCAUCAUGUGCAGACCAGUACGGUCCACUCGUUAGCAUAACGAGCGUAAUUAUUGAUUGUGGGUAAAAGGAAAUAAACUAUCGUAACGAAGUUGAACUACUGACAAUGUAUAAUAUAAAACGAUGAU